AUGGAUAACAACACAGCACAAAAGCAUCCAAUUUCCUAUUGCGCUUCAUUCGUGAUAAACGUGGUCGACAUGAGUCGUGGAUACGAGAUGAGAUCGGAAAUCACCGAUCAACUUUCAGAAGAGACAUAUACGAAUCUUCUUAUCACGAGCAUGGUCACCCUUCUGGCACUCAUCAUAGUUGAUUCUCUUCUCAUUCAUGGAGUUCGGAAGGGGAAGAGGAAUCUAAUGAUACCAUGGUUGGCCCUGGAGUUCCUGGCGCUGAUCGCAAUCCUAAUAAUUUUUAUCUGCAUAAUUCUGUUCGGGCUACUAACCAUGGCACCGCAUGGUCUCUUCAUCAUCUUCAUCAUCGUGGCUGUCGUUUUUUUAAUCGUAUAUUCCAUUGUAGUCCACUUCUUCCUCGUCGUCUACUCUCAUUUCAAGGAACUCCAGAAUCUCGAGCAUGCCGGAGAGGAGCAACGCUUCGAGGGCAACCAGGAAACUGUCAACGCCGGGUUUAUGGCCUACCCCUUGCAGAGGCAAUGAGUGUGAAUUUCAUCGGCCAAAAAAUUUUUGUUGGGCUUCCUUUCGUGCAAGGAAAAUGGGCAAUGACGGGACCAUUCGACUUCCUUGCAUGAAUUUAUGUCACCGUAUUUUCUUAUGCUACGACAAAUUACAAAUAUUGACCCGGUCUAUGGAAAUAGGUGCGCAAGUAAACAUUGCAAAAAAACCAUGCAGGAUUUCGUCGUUUUGGCUAAGUUCCUAUCAACAGCAAUAUUUACACUUCACACCAGUAAAUAUAAAAUUUCCUCAUAGCGGGAAAGACGAGGGAAAUCAUUAGUCUCGUUUGUCAUUCGAAGGAGACCCACGAUUGGACUGGAAAUACCUUUUUCCUCUGUUCAUAUUCAUUGUGCCAC